AUGUUCAGACAAAUCAAGGUUCAUCCUGAUCAUUGGGCUUUUCAACGAAUACUGUGGCAGGAUGCUGACAAGGGCCGUCGCACAUAUGAGUUAACAACGGUGACCUACGGACUAGCUUGUGCUCCUUACCUUUCUCUACGAGUCUUUAUUCAACUAUUACGGGACGAAGGAUCGAAAUAUCCUCUAGCGGUUCCGGUUUUGGAGAAGGGAAGAUAUGUAGACGAUAUCUUUGGUGGAGCGGAUUCGAUCGAAGAGGCUAAGGAAAUCUCUCAGCAAUUGAUAGGGAUUUGCAUGGCGGGCGGCUUUAAAUUACGGAAGUGGAUAAGCAACCAUCCACUGGUGAUCGAUUCUAUCCCGGAGGAUAAUCGAUUGAAGACUACAACUAUCAAUAUUAGUAGUGAUCUUAGCAUUCACACGCUCGGAUUGUGCUGGCAACCAGCUACAGAUUCCUUUCACUUCUCUGUGAAUAUACCUGAAUCUAAAACGCUCACGAAAAGAACAAUAUUAUCGCAUAUUGCGAAGCUAUAUGACCCACUUGGUUUAUUGUCUCCUAUUAUCAUUACCGCCAAGAUCAUUAUUCAGGAGUUAUGGACAUUAAAGACAAAAGUAGCUCCGUUAAAGAAGCUCACCAUUCCUCGCUUGGAGUUGUCUGGAGCUUGUCUAUUGACUAGACUUGUAUCCUAUGUACUCAGAGUUUUUACCUCCUCUAAUGUGCCUAUCGUUCUGUGGACUGAUUCGUCCAUUACAUAUACAUGGAUAAAUAAUCAUCCUUCUCGCUGGAAGGAAUUUGUGCAGAACCGAGUCUCCUUUGUUCAAAAUACUCUUCCUCAAGCAAGGUGGAGAUUCGUACCGGGGACUGAAAAUCCUGCCGAUCUAGCAACCAGAGGACUGACUCCUGUUCAGCUCUCAGAACUGACCACAUGGUGGACAGAUCCACCUUGGCUAUUGCAAUCACCGGAAAAGUGGCCGGUCAUGCCAUCAACCAUCAAGCGACGCGAGAUUCCUGAAGAAAGACCCGCUAAAGCAAACACAGUGAGAAAACGCCUAGAACUGUGGGAGCUGGUAUACAGGUUUCAUGACCUCACCAAGCUUCUUCGUGUCACCGCUUUAUGUCUCCGAGCCGCCUCUCACUUUAAGAGAGAUCCUCAUAUAAAUACGUCACGUAUCGCUACUGUUAAGGAGGUAGAAACAUCCAGGGUUUUCUGGGUCCAGCGUAUCCAGAGAGUCUACUGCCAGUCAGAGAUUGAUACACUAUCUAAGGAAGAAGUCUUACCAAAGAGCAGUGCCUUGUUACGACUUAGUCCAUUCCUGGACGGUCGCGGUCUGCUGCGAGUAGGAGGAAGGUUGCAACAAUCCCUACUUAAUUAUUCAGAGCAACAUCCACUGAUCAUUCCAAAGAAGUCGCCACUGACCGAUUUAUUAAUAGCCGACGCUCAUGCUAAGACACUACACGGUGGUACUCAGAUUACCUUAUCCUACAUAAGGAAAACUUAUUGGAUCGUUGGGGGCCGAGUUCCUGUGAAGACAUUUAUCCUUAGGUGCGUCACAUGCGCACGAUUUCGACAAGAAAGGGCACGACAGUUGAUGGGACAGCUUCCGAUAGAAAGGGUAACUCCUUCUCGACCUUUCACUCACACCGGAAUUGACUACGCCGGCCCUUUUACAGUAAAAACAUGGAAAGGGAAAAACACAGGAACGUAUAAGGCAUACAUUGCGCUCUUCGUAUGCUAUUCAUCAUCUGCUGUCCACCUUGAGCUUGUGACAGACUAUACUGCGGAUACGUUCAUAGCAGCAUUUAAGAGAUUUACCGCACGGCGAGGGAUAUGUACGACGCUCUCGAGCGAUUGCGGUACCAAUCUCAAGGGUGCUAAUUCUGAGCUACGGCGGUUAUUCACUCAGGCCACCAAAGAAUCAGAUAGGUUAGCCAUACUAUUGGCUAAGGAUGGAACUGAGUGGAAGUUUAAUCCACCGGCCGCUCCACACUUUGGAGGUAAAUGGGAGGCAGGAGUCAAAUCGGUGAAAUUUCACCUGAAUAGAGUAGUGGGAAACGCCUUACUCACAUACGAAGAGUUCAUUACUCUAUUGACACAAAUAGAGGCAGUACUCAACUCGAGGCCGCUGUCACCUCUAAGUGAAGACCCUGAAGACCUGGCUCCACUCACACCAGGACACCUGCUGAUGGGCUGUGCACCUACCGUCAUUCCUGAGCCCUCUAUUGAGUUGACUAAGACAUCGCACCUUUCCAGAUGGCAGUUGAUUCGACAGAUGUUAGAGAGUUUCUGGACUAGGUGGUCCAAGGAAUGCCUGCAGAGGUAUUACGCGAGAUACAAGUGGAACAAACCAACUCCAUCUUUGAGAGAAGGCACUCUAGUUUUAGUGGUGGACGAGCGGUAUCCUCCCUCAAAAUGGCCUCUCGGGCGUAUCAUACAGGUGCACCCUGGUAAGGACGGUCUGACACGUGUCGUAACGGUUCGUACUCAGACUUCAACACUGAAGCGACCUGUUACGAAAAUCUGUCCACUCCCAGUUAUACACGAGACGCUUUAA